AGAAUGUAGAAGUUAAUUAGAGCUCUGGCCUGUCUGAAAGAAGAAGAAGGAGGAGGAGGAGGAAGAGAAGGAGGAGGAGGAGGAGGAGGAAGAAGAGGAGGAGGAGGAGGAGGAGAAGAAAAACACAACGAUGACAACGAAGAAACCCUUGACCUUCUAAACACAGACUUUAACAAUGGCGCACGAAAGACAGCCUCAAGGGAAGGGAGUCUGCUGGACCCUGAGUCUCUGGUCAGUUGCUGUGGUUUCCAUCCUCCUCCUCAGCGCCUGUUUCAUUGCGAGCUGUGUGUUGACUUACCAGCUGACCAUGGACAACCCCAAUGGAAGACUGUCUGAACGUCAUACAAAUCAUUCCAGUAUCAGCUGCGUCAGCGUAGGCACUAUGGUGUCAGGCAAAGCCUGGAGCUGUUGCCCAAAGGAUUGGAAGUCAUUUGGUCCCAACUGCUACUUCAUUUCAACCACGUCUGUUGCAUCUUGGAAAAAAAGUAAGGGGAAGUGCUCCAGCAUGGGCGCUCAUCUGCUGGUGAUCCACAGCAAGGAAGAACAGGAUUUCAUCACCAGGAUCCUGGACAAACAGACUGCUUAUUUUAUAGGGCUUCGGGAUCCAGGCCAUCGACAGUGGCGAUGGGUUGAUAAGACACCAUACAAUAAGAGUGCCACAUUCUGGCACAAAGGUGAGCCCAACAAUGAGAAUGAGCAAUGUGUUGUAAUAAAUCAUCGACCUGCUGGUUGGGGCUGGAAUGAUGUCUUUUGCAAUCAUGGUCACAGCUCAGUUUGUCAGAUGAAUAAAAUAUACUUAUGAAUCCCA